CGGCUGCAAAGAGGCCUGAGAGACACUCUCUGUGACAUAGUUUGAAGUGGAGGCGUGUGUGUGUGUGUGUGUGUGUGUGUGUGUGUGCAUGUGGGAGUGUGUGUGUUGUAAGGGGAAAAGGGGGCACUAGGAAAGGCGGUGCUGAUGCUGCCUAACCUGUUCUCCUGGCUUGCGACAAGCUUAUAGGCAUGUAAGUGGCAGAUCAUCCUGUCCUGCCUGACAGAGCAGCAGUGAUACACUGAGGAGGAGACAUCUGUCCCUGUGGCUGUCCUUUGCUGGGGCGUCUCUGGCAGCAGUAUAUGGUAUCUUUGCUGUGGUUUGAAGUUUCCAUGGUUGCUUAUACUUUUGUGUAAAUUCCAUGAUAUGUGGAUGUAAAUACAACUGACAAAUAAUGAGCGGGGACAGCACGGGUAGACAUUUCUCAGAAAGUCUGGUCCUAGACGACUCUGAGAGUGGAGUCAUCAUUACCGGAAUCACAGAUGACACAAUGGCUGCAAAGAGUGGCCUACAAGCUGGGGAUGAGAUUGUUGCAGCCACAAUACACCUGGACCACCUCAACAAAAAUGAAGUGCUCAACAUCCUGAAGGUCCUGGAGCCGUACGAUAACAACAUGAAGGUUCUGACAAAGAAGGAGCUUGUUGCCAGUGCUGGCCUUGGUUCUUUGGGAUUGGGUCUCAAAGACCCUGCACAGAUGCUUGACCUAAAAAAGGAUCUGUCACUGGAUGCAUCAGCGGAGGCACCAGACCUUUCCAUUAAUGGCCUAAGUGGAAAGCUAAAUGCUGCACAGGGUUUAGGGGGUGAAAUAGGUGGUCCUACUCUCAAUGGAGACCUUCCCAGUCUCAGUCUUAAUACGCCCUCAGCUGAUGCAGGUGCCAAGUUCACAAUGCCUGACCUAGGACUGACUGGAUCAGGUGUUAAAAGAGAUCUAGAUGGCUCCCUUGAAGCACCUGAUGUCAGUUUCUCAGCUCCUAAGCUCAACACCCCCAGUGCCUCGCUUGAUGUUGAGAAACCAGAAAUCAAGACAGGCAACCUGAAAUACAAGGCCCCAAAAUUCAAGAUGCCAAAUUUUAAUCUGCCUCAUGUCAAAACAUCUAAACCAGACUUGGAUGCUUCUGGUGAUGUAGACCUCCCUUCUGUCAGUGGAAAUCUAGGAACACCAGACCUCAAUGUGACAGCCCCAGCAUUCGAUUUUAAAACUCCAGAUUUGGAUCUCAGUGGGCCAAAAGUGGAUCUGAAUGGUCCUGGUUUAAAUGUAGAACCUCCAAAUGCUGAUAUCGAGGUACCCUCAGUCAAAAGAAAGUGGCCCCAUCAAAAUUGGAAAUUGCCAAAAGUUAAAGGACCAGAUGCUGACUUAAACGCUGGUCUGCCUGCAACUGAUGUCAACCUCACUACACCGAAAAUUGAUGGGAAUCUAAGUACACCAGAUAUUGACAUCAAAAGCCCUGAUCUAGCUAUCCAAACUCCAAAUCUUGACAUUGAUGCCCCAUCUAAUAAAACCAAAUGGAAUUGGAAGUUAAAGAAACCCAAACUUCCUGGCCUAAAAUCUGAUCUGGACUUAGAUGCAAAUCUGAACACGCCUUCUGUUGAUGCCUCUCUUCCAACACUGGAGGGAGCAGUAAAUACCCCAGAUGUUGACAUUAAUGCGCCGAAGGCUGACUUUAAAGGCCCCGAUCUAGAUGUGCAAACCCCAAAUAUUGAUGCAGAGGCACCAUCUGGAAAAAUCCCCUGGCCUCACUUGAAAUGGAAGAAGCCGAAACUUCAAGGCCCAAAAGCAGACUUAAAUGCAGACCUAAAUUGUGACACAAAUUUACCAAAUGCUGAGCUAAGUCUUCCAACAGCUGAACUUAACUCCCCCAAUGUAGAUGUUGAAUCCCCAGAUCUUAACAUUAAUGCUCCAUCAGGGAAGCAUCAGUGGCUUCCUCAGUGGUGGAAGAAACCAAAACUUCAUGGCCCCAAAGUUGAUGCAGACCUUAACACAGAUCUAAGCGCACCAGAUGUUGAUGUCUCUCUUCCAAAAAUGAGUAAUGAGAUUGGCACACCAGAUGUCGACGUCACUUUGCCCAAAGCUGAUGUUGACGUUAAAGCAUUAGACAUUGACACUCCCUCUACCAAACUCAGGUUCCCAACACUCAAGAAGCCCAAGUUUGCCUUUCCUACUUCCAAGCUGAAAGGCACAGAUGUUGAUCUUGAUGCUGGAGUUAAAGCCCCUGACCUAAGUGUCUCUCCUCCAUCACUUGAUGGACCUGACAUUGAUGUGAAUUUACCUAAAGCCGAUGUUGAUGUUAACGCACCAAAUGUAGACAUUAAGGCUCCAUCUGUGAAAUCCAAAUGGCCUACUUUUAAAAAGUGGUCAAUCUCAGGUCCUAAGAUAAAUGGCCCAGAUGCAGGUCUAGAUACUAAUGUUUCAGCCCCUGAGUUGAAUCUCCAAGCGCCAACAAUCAAUGGUGAGAUGAAUCCACCAGAUGUAAAUCUAGACUUACCUAAAACUAACCUGGAAGGCCCUGUGGUAGACAUUGAUACUCCAGAUAUUGAAAGUCCCUCUGGAAAAAUUAAUAAAUGGUUCAACUUCAAAAUACCCAAAUUUGGCACACUGAAGGGUCCAAAAGGUAACAUUGAUGCUGAUGUAAAGGUACCAGACACACCAGACUUCAAGGCGCCUGGUGUGGAUUUGAGUGCACCAGAACUUUCAGCACCAAAAAUUGAGGGUGGGAUUGGGACUCCAGAUAUCAAUAUUGGCAUGCCUAAUGCUGAUGUCAAAGGUCUAGAUGUGGAUGUUAAUGGUCCAGAUAUUGACCCAGAUAUUGACCUGAAGUUUCCUAAAAUUAAAUUACCAGCACUCAAAGGACCAAAAGUCAAAGCUCCUAAAUUGGAUGCUGAUUUGAAGACACCAGACAUUGAUGCCAAACUUGACUUACCUAAGGGCAAUGUGGAUAUACCUAAUGCAGACAUAGACUCAUCUAAUCUCUCCGUAUCUGCACCUAAAAUUGGUCUUGAUGCACCUGAUCUUGAUGUUAGUUUACCGAAGGUGGAUGGUCUUAAUGUAGAUCUUCGAACUCAGGAGGUUGAUGCCUCUGCUGGAAAAUUGAGGCUUCCCAAAAUACCAGGGUUUGGCUUAUCACGGCCUAAUCUCAAUGUCGAUGCGCACGAUGUCAAAGCACCGAACUUAAAUCUUUCUGGUCCCACCAUUAAUGGAGAUGUCAGUUCUCCAGAUAUAGAUCUGGGUGCUGACCUUAAGACCGAUUUGGGCCUUUCCACCCCCAAAACAAACAUUACUGUGCCAGACAUCGAUGUUUCUACCUUGAAGAUUGACGGACCCAGUCUGGAUCUCACAAAAGCAGACAUCCAGGUACCUGAUGCCAACGUGACAGCACCAGAUCUCAGUCUGUCUUCACCAACAAUUGAUGGAACCCUUCCAGCACUAAACAUAGACACCAAGUUGCCAAACGCUGAACUAAAAGCACCUGUCACUCUAAACACUCCAAAUGUGAUUAGCAACGUACCAACAGCAGACCUCAAACAACCCGAUGUACAGUUUAAAAAACCAGAUUUAGAACUUGAUUCCCAUCUCGGUGACAUUAAUUUGCCUCAUUAUAAACUUCCAAAGUUUGGUCUUUCAAGUCCUGAUGCAGAUGUUCCCAAUAUUAAUCCCUCAGUGGAGACUGGAAUCAAGGCACCAGAGGUCAACUUAGGCACUCCUUCAGUGGAUACCAACAUCUCUGUACCUGCAGUAGACGUGAGUGUGCCAAACUUAGAGGGAGAUAUCAAAGGACCCGAGGCCCCAACUGUGGAUGCCAAUCUUGAAAAGCCCAGAUUGUCAAAUUUUAAAUUUCCAAAGUUCAGCUUUCCAGGGUCUAAAAUAAAAGCACCUGAGGUUGAUACCAGUGCAAAUCUUGAAGUCUCGCCUGAUAUGAAGGUCAAAGCUCCCAGUAUUGAUGGGGAUAUCAAUUUACCUGAUGUAGGUGUCCUAAAAUCACCUGAAGUGAAGACAAGCUUGAACACACCUGAACUGGAUAUCAAGCCUGAUGCAGAUGUUGAAGUGAAAGGUUCUCCGAAAAGUAAGCGGAGAUGGCCCUUCAGAUGGGGAUUUAAGUCUGGUUCAGGUACUGAUGAGGAGGGGAGCGGAGCUGACUCUGAAAAUGAUGCUUCUAAGGCUGAGAUGGAGGUUCCUGUGUUCAGAAUCCACAGACUGCCCAGGAACAGCAUUGAUGGCAUUGGAGAAAUUGGUGAUACCAUGGGCUUAUUAAAAUCUGACACAGACGAAAAGGAGUAUGUCAUGAGCAAAGGGGUCCGCUUGCCGAUACUAAAUGCUACUCCAAAAACAGGAGAGAAAAUUGACAUUAUGGAGAGACUGAUGAAAGCAAAGGAAAAAGCACCAUCAGUCAAUGUCUCACCCACUGAAUCAAAAACUGAUAUUGAUCUGAAGCUCCCAGGUCUUAAUGUCGGUUCCUCUGCAGAAGCAGGAGAUUCCUCUUUGACAAGAGAAGGUACUUUCAAAGUCGAAAAGCCAGAGUCAGUACUGGGCAUUUCAGUCCCUGAAAUUUCGACAUCAGAUGAAAAUGACAAAUUGUCACAGGGCCUCUCCAAUAUGCUUGGUCUUAAUAUCAAGGACUCAGAUGCUGACUGAUUCCCGCUGGGCUAACCUGAUAAAUUAAGUCAAGAAAAAUUGUAAAUACAUGUAACUUAACCAAUUCUUUUCUUUAGUUUGCGACCAUGCAGACAGAUGUUAACGGUUCAAUUAAAUUUGCAACAGUUUUCUGCAGAUAAGUAUCAGUGCAGUACAGUACAGUCGCCUUCUUGUGGAUCUUAAUAAUGGCGGUAGCCUUAAGAAGAAAAUCGUUUUUAGAAACUAUGUGUAUAUUCCUGUUAUUUAUAUAAGCUGUUUUCUACACAUUGUUGAUUUGAAAGUAUGUUACUUUUUAAAUAACUCCCUCAGUAUUGCAUGUGAUCAUAUUGAGCUGUUUAAGUUUCUGAGAAGUGAAUUACUUUAUCUUAAAAAUUUAACAUGAUAAGAGAAUUGUGUGCGUGAAUAUAUUCGUCAGUUUUUGUUCUUCAAUAAAUAAUUAAAAACA